AACUCUUACGUACCUCCCUCCCUCCCCUUUUCCCUCUCUCUCUCUUUCACCAGCUCUCCCAUCACCACUCUCCCCUUCUAUUAAGUUUCAGCGCCUCUUCCUCCUGAACUGAACAACACUCACCAAACAGAGGACUGGACGGAAAACAGACACUGGCUCUCCUGUCCCUUGCCUCCGUCUCUUCCCAUUUUAUCAUUACCUUACUCAGUCCACCCCCUACCUCGUCCUCGCCCUUGCGAUAUAUUGUUUUUUUUUUUUGUUAUUGUUUUUGUUGUUGUUUUUUUAAUUUAUUUUGUUUUCCCAAAUUCUACAGUCCAGAUCACUGACAUUUACUCAUCCAUGACAGGAUAGUAAAUAGCUGUGUCUCUCCUUUUUGAUAUACUGUUGUUUUUUUUUUUGUUUUUUUAAUUUCUUUCUUCUUGAACCUGUACUUUUCUUCUUGUAACUUAUUCCAUCUCUUCACCUCUAUCUUCCUCUAAUCUUCCCCCUAACUGUCCCACCCCGUGGUUCACCUCGGGUCUGGCCACACGACAACAGUAUGUGGUCCAAUUUCUUUGUACAGCAGGAUGAGGACGGUCGUAUCGGCGUGGCAGGGGCUGGACAAGGUGGAGGUUUGGGUGGAAUGAAAGGUGGUAGAGGACAGAGACGGAGCCACAGGAUGAGCGACAGCCAGGAGGGAAAGAUCAAGCUGGCUUUCUUUGUGGCUAUUGUUGGUGUGACCCUAACGGUGUUGGGCAUGGGGACAGAGUUUUGGGUGGAGCUGGCCCAACCCAAGAAUUUCAGCGGCAACCAGACCUGCCAGAUGGCCCAUUAUGGCCUGUGGAAGGGUUGCAUCCGUACCCUAUGGGUGGCUGACAUAGACCCAGAGAGGACAAGCUGCGGCCCUGCAGAGCUACCUGGAGAAUCCAACUGCACCUACUUCAAAUUCUUCACCUCUGGGGAGAACGCAGUCAUAUUCAAGAAGACAACUACGAAGAAUCUGAAUCUAGCAGCAGCUGUCUUGGCCCUUUUGAGUCUGACCAUGAUGGCGAUGGGCUCCAUCUGUAUCGCCAUGUCCCUCAGCAAAGGAGUGCAGUUCUUCCUCAAGCCGGCCUCCUUCUGUUUCAUCCUGUCAGGUGUGCUGGUCCUUCUCUCUGUCCUGAUUUUCCACCAGUCUGUGCUGGCCUUGCUGUCCAGCGACCACUCCAUACCUUUACACCAUGAGCUGUCCUGGUCUGUGGCCUGCGUGGGCUCUGCGGGAGCCCUCCUUAUUGUUGGAGGUUUCCUCUUCAUCAUUCUCUCCCUUCCUUUCAGCCCCUGGCAGAAAUGCUUUCCACACAAGAAUAACGCCACCUAGCACUUACAACAUGCAAUAUCAAUUCCGUAUUCCGUAUAUACGUCUCGUUUGAGAGCAAGUCAAAACCCAUUUCUCACAGCUGUGACGCUGAGCUUGCUCUUGGCAUUUAAUUUGCCACACAAGUCAUACUAGGUCUUAAACAAAUUUAUGAAGCGGAAUCCAGAGCGCAUACACAACAGAGCAAGGAUACAGAAGAAGGUUUUGCAGAAAAAUUAUGGAUUUUUUUUUUUUUUUUUAUGCUCUGUGGUGUGUUUACAAGUGUUACAAAUGAGCUUGCUAGCUUCCCUAUAGCUGAACAACCACACAUAAAUCUAGUCACAUGAAAAGAAUAAGUCUGUAACAUAUGAAAGCCCACUUCAUCUAAUUGAUAAACAAAAUGGCCUCAAGACUGACACAUCGAAAUGUUUUCUCAUCUGGAUCUAUCAGCAGGACGACAACAUUUAUCCACCACAACUGUUGCAAAUAAUCUAAAGUGAGACAUGGAAGAUGAUCCUCUCCCUCUUUAGAUGUGAUGGACUCAGUCUUAGGUGUUGCUCUUAAUUUUUAAGUGAAAACAUAACUAUUAAUGUUAUGUUCCAUUUCUGCCAAUAGGCCGCGCAAAACCUUUCAAACUGGUCUUUCAAAGGCAGCUGUUUGUUGACCCAUCCAUUGACCCAAACCUCCUCCCUGUGUGAGACUAGUUUAUCUUUGUUGUAUGCGACACAAGAUCAAGUUCAGUAUUAGUUCAAUAUUAGGGUAUGUUAAAUUGGCUGUUUUUUUCUUCAUAUCACGACUAACUUCUCAUAUUUCUUUCCAACAGACUGGCCUUUACAAUAUGUCAGCAUAAGUGUAGCAGCAACUACUGUGUUUUUAAUAAUGUCAUCAAUCAGUAUGGAGACAGUCGCCUUCAAAGUGCAACUAUUAUAUGCAUCACAUCUUACCCAUAUGCAUAGAGUAAAUUAGUAUAUCCGUAAUAUUGUUGCAGCAGAUCCUGUGAAGCUUUCUGAACACUUAAUACUUGAUGAACAAGAUUUUUCAGUUAUUUAUUUCUCAUGUGACUUUUACAGUAGUUGGUCAAACGUCAGUUCAGUUCAUCUGGUAAAUGUUGAGAUGAAUCGAAUCGACUAUGAGACCAGAUUAAAAUUGCAUUUUGUACAUCAGAGAAUUGUAUGGACUCACUUUAUAAUCUCAGUUCUGUACAUAAAAUGAAUGUUGUUGUGUGUUACGAAUGGUGACAGUUUUGUGGUGUCGUUUACAGUUGCAUCGUUUCAGUACUUAUUUCAGCAAAGCUUCAACUUUUUUGUCGUACGAUGCUCAUCCUGUGUAUGUAAAGGGAAAUGCUAUGUUUAAAGAUAUACACUAUUUUGUGUUCUCUGUCCUGUGCGCAUAUGUGCGCUAUGUGUCACAAGUUUUUUGUCAUUAUUAAACUGAUUUGACAUAAAA